CACAGGCCCGCGCGGCGUGCGCGCCGUGAGCCCCGCCGCCUGCCGGAGCCCCGAGCUGCCCGCUCCCGCGGCGACUGCGCGGCCCGCGGCCCAGCGAGCCGCCCGCCAUGUGGAGCUGCCCGCUCAACGGCACGGGGGGCGAGGACCCGCUGCCCUGCCUGCACCUCCAGAGGGCGCUGUCCGCGCUGUCGCUGCUCUACCUGCUGAGCGGCGUCCCCCUCGGCCUGGGCUACAACGCGCUGCUGCUGCUGGCCAACCUGCACGACCCCGGCGGCAUGACCAUGCCCGACGUCUACUUCGCCAACAUGGCGGCGGCCGGGCUGCUGCUCUGCGCCCUGGCGCCCGCGCAGCUGCUGGGCCCCGGCGCAGCCGGCGGGGCCGCCUGGGACCCGGGCAGCGAGGUGCACGUCUCGCUGCCGGUGCUGUUCAACGUGGCGGCGCUGGUGGCGCUGUACUCCGCGGCGCUGCUGGGCCUCGACUGCUACAUCGAGCGCGCGCUCCCGCGCACCUACAUGUCCAGCGCCUACAACACCCGGCACGUGUGCGGCUUCGUCUGGGGCGGCGCCCUGCUCGCCGGCUUCUCCUCCCUGCUCUUCCACAUCUGCAGCCACGUGGCCGCACGGCUGGUGGAGUGCGCGCGGAUGCGGGACGCGGCGGCGGACGACGCCAUCAUGCUGCUCGUCGGCUACCUGGUGCCCGGCCUGGCCGCGCUCUACGCGCUCGCGCUCCUGGCGCGGGUCCGCAAGGAAGACACGCCGCUCGACCGGGACGCGGGCCGCCCAGACCCCUCAGCGCACAGGCUGCUGGUGGCCACCGUGUGCGCGCAGUUCGGGCUCUGGACGCCCCACUACCUGACGCUCCUGGGGCGCACGGUCCUGGCGGCACGGGGGAAGGCACUGGACGGGCACCACGUGGGGACGCUGGUCCUCGCCAAGGACCUGUCCAGGUUCCUGGCCUUCGCCAGCAGCGCUGUGGUGCCGCUUCUGUACCGCCACCUCGACAGAAACUUCCCCGGCAAGCUGCGGCGGCUGAUGAAGAAGCUGCGCCGUGGGCACCAGAGCUGCUCCCCGGACCAAGCGGGGGUGCAGCCGGUGACGGCAUAGACGCUGCUCCACGGGCACCGCCGCGGGCGGGGCGGGCCGCACUGGCCGGAAGCACAAGGCGCGGUGAUCAGUCCCCUGUGCCCAAGGCUCGCUCCCUCCUCUGAGGCAUCCAGGAGACGACGCUGACUCCAGCCCCUGCUCCCUCGCCCCUGGAGACGAGGCAGAACCAGGCGCAGGCCCGUGGAGUUCCCCAGGUGCCUGGUGUGAGGGUGAGCCAUGUCCUCGGUGCCCGGCUGCCCUCGGGUGUGCUUGCCUCCCACACCCACCUUUCAGGUCCACGCCCGCGACAGCCUGCUUCCCCCCGGCCGCAAACGAAGUAAUGAAAACCUAACAGCAGUAUUUAUACUUUGUACUGUUAAAAUACUAGCCCUCCCCCCUUUCGUUUUGUUUAUGAGGAGACGUUUGGUAGGAAAGUCAGAAGGUAUUAAAAUGAAGGAAACGCAAACCCACUCGGGUGGCGAGCCUCUCGGCCACGGGCAGGACGGGGCUGCAGGCUUCCUGGGACGCACAGGCGCAGCGGGAGGGGCCAUAUGGGGCGUCUGCGGCCGCCAGUUGUGAGCCCGGCGGCACUGGUCCCCAAAGUGUGCCCAAAGGUGAGUGUCAACAAGGCGACGGGAGGAAAAUACUCAGGAUUUCUAACCCCAAAGCCGACGGGCCUGCCCACAGGCAAGACGGAUCUGGGCAGGGGGGCUCACGGGGCUGCAGAGCCCACCCGCCGCCCUUCGCCCUCUCCUGCACCCCGCUGUCGGUGUCAGCUGUUAGGGACGCGGGGCGCCUCCCUUUCCACUCCCCACGUCUUCACGAAGAAAUCACAGCCCCUCACCCCAACCCUGUUCUGAGCCCGAAAUGCCCUAAAAGCAAAGGCCUGUUUCUGAAGGCUGCGGUCAUGCAGGACGCCUUUCAGGCGAAAGACAAACGCGACACUGGGCGCCGCCCGUGCCCGGCUGCUGCUGUAAACACUCGCGCUGAGCCCACUGACCACCAGCUGCCCCAGGGCCAGGCUGCUCCUCUUGGCGGCAUCUGUGGGGGGACCUGCCCCACGUGGCCCCAGUCUCUUGGGAAGUGGAGCCCAGAGAGUGAGCGGCAUGCUCUUCUACCUGCAGGCUGACUUCCCUCCAGGCUGAUGGCCUGCACAGAGCUGGACACGCUGGACUCGGGGGCUGUAGUAAGCCUUGGGGGACAGAGCAGCAGGAACUGGUGGGCUCCGGGAGCUCCUGGCGGUGACGAGCACAGACGCCCGCCGGCUGCUCCAGGGCCCCAGGGCCUAGUGGGAGCUCUCCUCAAAUUCCCAGGGCCUCAGGCGGUGCCCCCCGCUGCGCCAGCACGUACCCCCACAGGGGUCCCCAGACAGCAGUGGCCAUGCAGAGAGGCGAUGAGUGCCCUCCUCAGGGUCCCGGAGCCAGCAGAGGGAAGCGGCUCUUCCCCGCACCAGGGGCUCCUUGGAGAAGGGGAGCCCCCAGGGCCCAGAUCUCUGUCCACGGCCCCCACCCCUCAGCACAGCUGGUUUCCCCCACACAGUGCAGGGGGCCUAAGGUCACUCUUUAUUUCAGUUUCUCAGUGGCUUUGGUUGAAAGCUGGCUGGUCUCUGGGGACCUCCGGGGGGAGGGUGUCAUCCGGUAGCAGCCACAGGCUUCUGUCCCGCGACCACCUCUACUGCUGACAGAGGACGAGCCGGGGUCUCAGGUGCAGCAGACCCCACCACUGCUGCUGCUGUGCCCUGAACCCCCCUCUGCCCCCCAACUCGAGGAGCAAGCCCACCUCCGCCUCAGCUGCUAGCACCACAACAAUCUACUUUCCAUGGAUGUCGGCUUGAUGAUCUCGUGCUGAACUCCGGGUCACUUCUUGCUGCCCUAGUAUGUUUGAUUCCUAGUACCCCUGCCACAGUUGCUUAAAAAUUGAAUGAAUUUUGAACCAUUUCAAUGAGAUCAGGCAGGUCCGGGGCUGUAUGGCCAUACAUAGACUUGAGGCAUUUAAGAGAAUGAGCAGCUAUUUGGAAAACGUCAAGGUAGACCACACACUCUUUUUUUUUUCUUUUAACUGUUAGUAUGUAUAUAUUCUGACCGUGUGGCAUGCGGGAUCUUAGUUCCCGGCCACGGGUCGAGCCCACAGCCCCUGCACUGGAGACACGGAGUCUUAACCACUGGGCCACCAGGGAAAUCCCUGACUGGGGUUUCAAUGAUCUUAUUUUUGUCAACAGACAAACUCACCCACCGUGCCACGCUUCAUUACUCAGGAUCCCCAGAGGUGAGUUUAGCCUUGGGUUUAUUUCAUGAAGGUUAUAAAGCUUAUUGUAAGAAACUGGGUCUCUUACCAAUCGCGGCAGAUGUCAUCAAGAAAUCAGAGCUUCCCUGGUAGCACAGUGGGCAGGAAUCCUCCUGGCAACGCAGGGGACACGGGUUCGGUCCCUGGUCCAGAACGAUCCCACGUGCUGCGGAGCCCCUGAGUCCCUGGCCACAGGUACUGAGCGCGGGCUCUGCAACCGGCAAGCCGGGAUUCCUGAGCCCUCGCGCCGCGCCUACUGAAGCCCCACGAGAGAAGCCGCCACGACGAGGGGCCCACGCACCGCAACCGGGGGGGUAGCCCUGCUCUCCAACGCUAGGGGAAAACCUGUGUGCAGCAGCAAAGGCCCAGCGCAGCCAGGACUCAAAUAAUCUUUUUUUUAAAAUUUAAAAAGUGAAACAUUUGUUUCUUUAUAAAAAGGACCUGACAAAGGACAAACCAGAAGUCAUUAAGGUGCUAAAUUAUACAUCAAGUUCUUGAAGUUAAAAUCAGGCGGGAAAUGUGGGGACCUUCUCGUUCCUAACCCCUUACAUCUGCCCAGAUGGCCUGAAUUUACUGCAGGUGUCUUAGAAACUGGGGAAAGAACACCCACACUUUUGAAGAUUAAAUUACGUGAUAUUUAUUAGCCAA